UGUGGAUGUGAAAUCACUCGCAGUCUGACAGUGUUCUGGUAACCUGUGCCAUGCACAGAGCAGGGUGCACUCACAAGCCAAGCCAUCUGCUUGCAUGGCAUGGGUUAACCGAGCCUGUGGGAUUGUGCUUACCUAAACAAAACCACUGCAGUGAAGGGAAAAAACAAUGAAUGGGUGGAGAUGAGCAGCCCAAGCGUUCCAGCGAGUGCAGUCCAGGCUGCAAUGACAAUCUGAAGGUUGCAGCAGCAUCAAGAUCUGCAUUCAAAGUGAGCAAAUCUUCCAGUGUGGAGGACUUGUUCAUUUUCUAAGACAUGGCCAGUAACCAGGCCAGCCUUCAAGAUGACCAGAGCCGGCACUGUAAGUUCUUGUCUUAUAUGUUCUACCAGGCGGUGCGAGACCACAAACCUGUGUGGAUGCUGGAAGACAUGAGAACUAUGGAAUAUUUUUACUGGGAGGAAAAUGCCAGCUUGAGAACAUAUUCACCUUCAGAAGCCCUUCUCUAUGCAGUGGUGCAUAAUCACCUGCCUUACGCUCAGUAUCUGCUGUCUCAUUUUCCAGAGGAGGCUCUCAAGGUACCUGGGGAACAUUUCUGCUAUUGUCCAUCCUCUGCUCCUCACUUGGCCAUGGCGGUCACCUAUGACAGGAGAGAUAUUUUGGGGCUGAUCAUCAAAAUUGCGCACAAGCUACCCAGCUUGAACUCCUACAUCAACCGGACUGGCUGCUUUCAUCUGGAAGAUGGCAAAACCCCUCUGCAUCUUGCCUGUGAAUUGCUGAGGUCAGAAACCGUCCUCAGUCUCCUAGGCAAUGGGGCUUCUCCCAGGAUCAUGGACAGCAAAGGGCUUACCCCUCUGGAUGUCAUCCUGGAGCAAAUGUGGGACUCCAAAGUCAAUGUGGCAUCAAAAAAGCUUUGCCUCGAUUACCUCUUGCUCUUCAUGCCUAAUCCACAGUUUAAGAUGCGGAAAGUCCUGCAGGACCAUCCUGAGCACUGGACAGCUUUGCUAGGGGAAGACAAAUUCAACAGCCUGGUGGGGAACACACCUGCUUCUUUAUACCUGCAAGCUAUGCAAACUAUUCUCCAGUCUCUCCCACCCUCCCACUUCCCUAAAAGCAUCCAGGAACUGCCUAUACCUCAGGCACUAAAGCCCCUACCAUCCUAUGGCAAAAAGCUACAGACAAAAAAUGUGGUAAAUGCUUUUCCUUGACUUUAUUAUUUGGGACUUGGAUUUUCAAAGGCACCUUAAGGGAGUUAGGUGCCCACUUCCCUUUGAAUUGCAAUGCAGUUUUGGUACCUAGCUCCCUGCGGUCUCAUCUGAAAAUUCAAAUAUUUCAUGACAAGAUUUUAAAAGGUUUUCUAACUGAUUGCAGGCACGACACUUUUAAAAGCAAAAACCUUCCUUUUUAUGUUGUGCAUGCAAAGGGUUAAAUAGAUUUGAAGGUAUUUUUUUUUAAACCGUGGACCAGAAUCAAUGUGUCUGAAUUUCCAAUAUGCUAACUGUGUCCUGUGUAAAUUGUCCAGAUAGAAGGAAAUUACCUAUCCCCUGGGAUUGUUCAAACACUGUCAAGUAGGGACUGUGUUCUUCCAGACCUAGGGAAAACACUGUACUGUCUCUGACAGGGUUCACAUACCAGGUUUCCUUUCUGAGAAACUGCUACAGCAUGAUCUGGUAACAAUAAACAAUCCAGGGGCUCACCAUACUAAUGGAAAUGUUUUAUAAGGGGGCAGUGGGUCUGUGUCCUUGUGGAGGGAGCAAAAGCGGAUAAAAGAAUCAUGAGGAACCCUCCUUUUUCAUUGGGGAUUAAGGGGUUAAAAGGCAAUCCCAUCCCUGCUGCUUCUGUAGAAUUGUGCAAAGGGGAGGGAACCAUUUUCCUUGCUGUCCAGUGAAAAAAUGCAAAUCAUGGUAAUGCCAAUAGAAGUUACAUCUUUAAUGAGUGACAUUAAUUUGGCUUGACUUUGGUUUGUGGGGUGGGGGCGGGUAUCCCCAAGAGAGGGCAGCUCUGCCUUACUGCCUUGAUUUAGACAUUUAGAUCAAAACCACCCACAUCUUGCCAGUGUGAUGUUUUGCUUGGUAUGUUGUUGUGGUUGCUUACGGCAUUCAGGGUCCAGUUUGCAGCUGCAGGGCCUAAUCCUGAAAAGUGAGGGGCAUCUUGAGCUCCCAUUGACUUCUUUGGGAACCAAGGGUUGGAUGGAGGCUUUUACAGUCUGACAGGACUGGGCCCUUACAGCCAAUUCAGGUUUCCUUGUGUUACCAGGAGCACCAUGCUUUAUUCUGAGUCAGUAUUAUUAAUUAGGAAGUUACUUGUUAAUCAGUCAGUACCUUGCUCUCUGUGGAGAACCCAGCAGUGGAGACUAGCUACAUAAUGACACACCAGU